GUCAUCGCCGCGCGACCGCGAGAAGUGAACUUGAGCAUAAAAGUUUCCAAUUGGAACAAGUAGUCGAGUUGAUAGACUUGGACUUGCGAUUUGCAGGUUUGCGGCUGGCCGUCGUUCUGUGAGCUCGCGGAGUGUUUUGUGUCUGCUUUCUUAGCAUUGUGAAGAUUUCCUACUUUGCCCAAGUGAUUGUUAUGGAGUCCCGUGGAAAUAAAGUGUUGUGAGGUGAAACAUUGUCGCCGUAAUCCAAUCGGGGCAGUGAAUAUGCGACAUAACAACUUCCACUACGUGUAGAAUGCAAAGUACAGUUUUUUGUUGAUUUUCUUGUUUUCGUGUUGUGUUGCUGUUCUGCUGCUGGCUCGCCGCUCGUGCUGCUUCUGCCGGAUCUUGCGAUAGCUUAGGAAUUCCACACCAUCCGAACAAGUUGUUGUCUUGAUUUUCUUUGGUUGAUUGUUCACGGGCCACUGGGUGUUGGACUGCAUCCCAUGAUAAAGUUAUAAACAACAAUAGUCAUUAACAAACGAUUAACAUGCAAAUGGAUAAGGAAAUAAACGUGAAUGAAACGCGGGAUCAGACCGCGCCACCCGUUCGCAAUAAAGUUAGUGUUUGGUUAUCGGGGAUCGUUGACGAGGUUCGUAGAAAAAAUCCUGUUCGAUUGCAAAAAUGGACUGGAACCGCCGAUAACAGUCCAAGUUCAGAAGCGGUUGAAAAUAUCGACAUAUGUGAAGACACUGCUAAACAUUCUGAAGAGCCAGUACCCAACGAACAAACUGAAGUCACAUUGAAUGAUACUGUGAGUGGAUCUAACCAACCAAGACUAUGGAGUGCAGGAAAUUUCUUAAACAAGGUUCGAGGAUUUGAGGGAUUCCACUCUGAUCAGGAGGAUAGCCGACUCAGUGUGGGGAAUAUCAAAUUACUGGGAAAAGCUAAGAUCAACGAGUUUUAUGAUAAGGUUCGCAUAAAUAAGGCACGGUUUGAUAAUUUGAAAAGGCGUGGCAGUAUGGAUAAAUCAGGGUCCAAUAUCUCAGAGUCUAACAUCUCAGAGACAGACGAAAAUGAUGUGCAAAAGAAAGGUGGCGAAGGAAUUGGCCUUUCUUCAACUCAAAAUAGCUUUAAUAACACCAAGGAGGAUAUAUCAUUGAGUGAUAGUUUAGAAGUGUCCGAAAACAACGAUUCAUUAUUUGUAACAAGUCGAAAAAUGCCAUUAGCCAUAAUUGGACGCAGUAGUACAAGUUGUGGUUGCAGCUCAUCCACAAAUCAAAUAGAAACAAAUGAACUUCAACCACCGCCAAAACCAACAAUGAAAUCGAAUAAGGCACAGAAGCAUUUAUUAGGGAAUAUCGGGCGUAGUUUUAGCGAGCAAAACGAUGACGAAAAUAGUAGUAGCUUUAUGUUAAACGAAAGAUCUCGCAGCUAUUCGCAUGUUGAGGAGGAUGGACCAACGUCUAAAAAUUCUAAUGAUAGUGAUAAUAUUGUAAGCAGCAGUUUGCCAACAUUUUUUGGACUUAAAUCAGUACCUGUUAGCCCAGUGCCACUACAUAAGGGAGUAAUGUCAAGAGAAGCGUCACUCUCAGAUAGUUCUCGACGAAAAAGCCUAUUACGAGACAGUUCUGUCCAAUCGGAUUCAAGCCAUUGUUCAAGCGUUGAGAGCUUGCUGGAGGCAAGGAAGCCAGAUCCUGAAGCGAUACUGAUAAAUUUGGGUUUUGGCCCAGCGCAAUCAGAAGAUGUUAUAUCUAAAAUACCAAAACGAUUUUUGAAGCCAUCACAAGUAAGAGGAAUUGAUAUUGAGACAUUUCUGCGACAACAACAAAUGGCUAAUCACCUGCAUGAUCAUAGUGUUCUCGGUUAUCGAGGACUUUUAGGCAAUCCGGAUAUUCCGCCGUCAUUGAUUGUGGCCAAAAUAAUGGAACGCUUCGAACGAAAUGAGAGAAAUCGAUGUAUAAUGGAUAUAAAUUUAAACAGGCCACAGUCAGCACCCCCAACGCCAGGACCAAACCAAUAGGGAAUAAGUGUAUCUUUCUCAAUUUUAAAAAGACUUAAUGUACACUAGAACGAUGCAUUUUUUAUUGAAUUUUCAGCAUUUAGGGAAUAUAGUGUCCAUAGUUACGAUUGUAGUAUGCUCGUUCUAAAUAACUAACUUAAUAUAAUGCUCAAUAUCUAUUUCUACCAUAUUUAUGAAACGUAUACGUUUAUAAAAAUAUUUCUACAAAAUUUACAUCAUCUAUAUCUUGUUUUCGAGGAAAUAUGUUACAAAAACACAAAGGAUAUUGAAAUUUAGGCAACUAUUACAAAAUCAGAUAUUAGGAAUUGAAUAUUCGACAAUCAGGUUUAAUUUAGUUUCUUUAUUUAGAAGGCAAUCGCAAAAAAACAUUCCACACUUUUGCCAAAAAUACAUAUGCUAUAACUUAUCGUACUUCUAUUACAGUUACUUAAUUUAUGUGAGUUUUAAAAUGCUAUUAGUCUCCAUCGAUUGUUCGAUUUUAUCUUUUCAAUAAGUUGAAACUUUUAUCAAAUACAAAUUGCGGGGAUACAAACCAGGUACAGAUCAUGUAGAAUAUCACCAAAUGUUAAAACUCUCAAUAUUUAAUCUUCUACUGUUUCUAAUAUCUUAAUAAUCUACAAUUUUCCUUUAAAAAAAUGAUUCUAUUGUCUAGGAUUAAAUUAGCAAAAUGCACCGAAAGGCUCAACUUCUUUCUAUGGUAAUUGCAAUUUCAAUGAAGUUUUGUAAGGAAGUAUAUGCGUAUGGAAAUGAAAAAUCACGCGGUUUAUAAAUAUUUGAUAAAGUAAAUUUUUCAGUGGCUCUCUUGUGUAGUACCUCGUUUUUUAAAAAAACGGGGAAUUUUGAAAUUGGCAUUGAACCGCAAAUAACUUGUGUAUUCAAAUAUUCGACAGAGUUUAAAUGUGGCAACCCCUUUAUGUAUUUAUGUUUUCCAGUCUGUUAUUGGCAUCAUCACCAUCAAUAAUGUAGCAAACGCUGUCCGGUGUAUGCCUGCUUUAAUAAAGGCCCGGCCGUCAAUUGAAUUGAAAGCACUAUCUACGUACCGGCAAGCCAAGCGGCAUCAUUAGUCUCUGGACGUGGAAGUCCUUGAGACGAGAUUUUGAGAUAUUGUUGUGUUUGAGCAUUUAUAAACAAGUCAGGAAACUGGAAGCUGGUCGCUUCAGGUAUGAAAGGUUUUGUGUAUUUCUUAGUACGUAGCACGUAAUAUAUCCAUAUAUUAUGUGAGAGUAUCCACUU